AUGAAUGCUAUUGAUGCGUUGAAUGAUAAUAAUCGCUCAAACAAAUCAUCAAUUUCAAAGCACAUCGAGGCCACCUAUGGAAACCUCUCGACGACCUAUUCAACUCUACUUUUUCACCACCUGAACAAGAUGAAGGCCAUUAGGAACAAUUACCUUAAGUUGGGGCCUGGAUGCCCGCUGCACAGUGGCAGUCCACUGAAGCCCAAGACACCUCUUCCACCGAGCACCAUUCUAUCUCUUCUUCGUCCUCGUCCUCAUCCUCAUCCUCGCGGUCGCCCACCUAAAAUACUGGAUCCCAAUGAUCCUCUGCCACCUCCAAAGCGAAAAUCUGCUCCAAGCCCUGCUGCUUCUUUUUUUUACAAUUUAAGUUACCAUUUUGUCCUUUAUAAAUUUGAUCAAUUUUGA